AUGGCUGGGAAAGCUGGCGCAUCCGUAGGUGUUAGGUCAUUCGUGUUGCCAAAAGAGUCUGGGAGUGCAAGUGCCAUCAGGCAAAGUAGCGAGCCCGGAAGCAUGUUCCAUAGCGCAAUCAUAUCCGAAACUAUAGCCUUCGGAAACAGCCUGAGAGUGAUCGAGUUGGAGAACGAAGAGAAAGCGUAUGCAAAAGGAUUGUCUGAGCUCGUUGUAGAAUCGCGGAGCAGGUCCAUUCUAGGGUUAGGACCAACCUUACUUAUUCACUAUCCUGCUUACCGAACAAACGUUUUUGGCCGGAGAGGACAGUCAGUUGUAGCAGGAAGGGUCUUCAAGCGCAGAUCAAACACGGGACGCACCCAAACUAGUAGGGAAGGCAUGGCGGAACACCGAUGGGCAGUCGUCAUAGAAUUUUGGGCAGCGAAAUUCGGUUGGAUCAUAAAGUGUUGGGAAAAAGCGCGUGGUAAGCUAGGAUCUGACUUAAGUGGACCAAGUGGCCGCGUUCGACCGCCAAUCGACUUGUGCUUCGUCUCAACCAAUUUACAUCAUCGAUCGAUCCAAACUCCGACGCCAUUGGUUACGCAGAAACAAUGUGCUCUGCAAUCCCCCGACGUGCAAGCACCAUUUCGAUCCGUCCGUCAGCGCUUUCGUUGGCCUGCUGCCGCUACCUCUCGUACAAUCACUGCAACCACGACGUCCCAUUCAUCUUCUAGAGCAGUAACGCGGAUAACAAGAAGACGAGGGAUUCGGAUGGAGGAACGUAUGAUGACCCUUCCGGGACGGACGACCAUUGGGAUGUUCGUCCUUGGUGGAGAUGGGAUCAUGGUCCUUACUCGGAUGACUGGCCAUCGACGACGAAGAUGA